UGGAAUGUAAUAGAGUGCUGUUAAUUUUUUUUUUGUGAUUUUUUAUUAAUUUAAUUUUUUUUUUUGUGUUUUAUUUUGAAAUUUUUUAUCUUCAUAUCGUGAAUUGAAAAAAAUUUUUACGGAAGUUUUUAAAUUUUUUUUGGCGAAAAAUUUUCAAUCAAUCGAUUAUAAUUCAAUGAUAAUGAUAAACUGAUAUACAAAAAAAAAUGAAGUCAAAAUAUAUGAUAUUUAUUAUUUUCACCUGCGUGUCAGGAAUUUUAUGUCAAGUAUACAAGGCCUCUAGUUCAAAUAGUAAUAGUAAUAAUAAUAAUAAUAAUAAUAAUAAUAAUAAUAGUAAUAGUGAUAGUGAUAAUAAAAAUAGUGAUAAUCAUGUAGUUGAAGUAGUGGAAAAACCAGCCGAGGCAGUACAGCCAAUUAAAAAUGACUUAAUAACACAAACUGUUUAUGGUUUUCUCGAUUUUACAACGACUAUUGGUAAUACUGUUAUGGUGUUUAGUCCAAAUAGUGCACCAGCUGAAGGUGAAAAAAAAACUACGUCAUCACCAAUCACGACAAAGCCGACAACUACUAAAAAAAUAGUUGACAUACAACCAAGUAAAAUUCACAAAAAUAAUAAUAAUGAAGAAAGCAAAAAAUCUAAAAAUACUAAAGUAAUUGUUAAUUCAAGCGUACAAUCGAAAAAUGAACCAAAAAUUGAGGCAACUAAAAGUCCGGUUUUGUCGUCAGUCGUCCAAGUGCGCGCUAAAGAUGAGACUGCUGUGAAAAAUAAUUUAGCUGAGCCUGAGUAUGAUUUUUUGUCGAAACAACCCGCUGAGAUUGUUGACGAAACUUACAAGGUCAUAAAUUUGUCACCGUCAUCGAAACCUUCAGCGAAACCGCGACCGACCUCAAAAAAAGAACGCGAAAAUCCAACGGGUCUCGUAACGAAACUAGGCGGGACUAUCGUCAAGGACGGACUGACGACGGUCCAUGAAACUUCAGUAAUCGGUACUUACAUUAACGGAAAAUAUGCACAAGUGUUACAAAGUACAUCGCGAAUUAUAAAACCCGGAACUCCAGCCCUUCCUGAGCUCAAAAUUCGUCCGUCUAAUGCCCAGAAAAUUUUGAAAACUAUCGGACCAGCUCAUGGAAAAUAUAAAACUCAGCUGGAACCAACGCCGUCAAUGCCUGGUGAAUCUUCUCUGCCGCUGGAAGAACUUUUUAGCGCACCUUCAGGAUCGAGUGUCAAAGUCACACGUAGACCUUCAGCAAAUCACGCACCACGCCCUAAGUACCGUAAUAAAAUAAUUGAUGAUCAAGACAGCUAUGAAGGAACUCCACAAGGACGUAGCUAUGAAAAAAAUCGACCGACGACAUCACGACCUAAUUACAAAAACCGUCCGCAAACAACAACAACAUCAACAACAACAACAACCGAAGCACCAGUACGUCGUCGUACCAGUUUUCGGCCAGCGACAUCUCAACAAUCAUCAGGAAAGCUCCCUCACCGAUCAAAAUCCGACCAAUCCCCAGUUAUUUUACCCAAAAGUAAGCUACCCCGUACUCAAGGCCGCUGGGCAUACAAGCCCGCGCCCAAAGCACGCGUCGCAAUACGGAAGCAAGUCGAAGACGAGGAAAAAGUUAACGAGAGUGUAGUCACUAAUGAACCAACAACGUCAGUGAUAACAUCGUCUUCAUUAGCGGAAGAGAAACCAACAGUCGCUGCGAAAAAAACCGAUGAGAAUAUUUCAGACGCGGAAUUAGAUUCCAGUGAGUCAGAACAAGUAUCAUCGUCAUCCGGAUCAGGAAGUGCUAAUUCACCAGGAUCUGUAUCAGCAAAUGAUCAAAAUGAUAAUGAAGCUAUUAUACCAGCCGAGACAAUUAACGUCGAAAUUUCUACGCCUGCUGACAUGACUGAUAUGUACUAUCUAAUUGCUACCAUCAAAUCUCCCUACACAUACCAGGUUGGGACCAUGAAAAACACCCGAUUCAUAACCGUGACAUCAACGCAGAAGAAAUCCUUCGCCACCGCGGAUCCUUCGACGACUUCGACCUCGACUGAACCCCUGACCGAAAACAUUCUCGGCAACACCGCAGCAGCAUACGAGUCCUCUCUACCCCUGGACUCCUCAAUCGCGACCCUGCCCGCAAUAACUUUGGAGUCUGGUCAAAUGACCCCUCCACUCGAGACCCUAACCGAGACCUUCACCACAACCCAGACCCUUCUCAAAACUUACUUGCUCCCGGUAGUGGCCAACGGGAACACGACCCGCCAUACCCUCGUCCAAACCUACAACAUAGCGCGCAUGGUAACGGCAAUAAAGACCCUCCCCCCCUCGGAAAUCUAUCAGUUCAUUCCCUCGAAAACUCUCAAUGAGUUUAAUUCAAAGCUCGACGAAGCCGGAAGUGAACUUCAUCUCGAACUCGACUUCGGCGAGGACGAAAACGACGACGAGGACAUUCCGAAACGGGUCCUAAGUCCCAGCGCCAACGAGCAAGACCUCGAAGCUUUCAAAUCUCCCGCGAAAUCUUCCGGUGGGACUAAACCCGAAGCGCCCUCGCCCUCACCCGAGCCCCAGUUGCUUCCAGAGUCGGCCCAACAUCUCGCGCUGCUGAAUUACUUCAACCAGGCGGCCCAGGUUAUAACGACGUCGCGUCCUGUUGUCGUACUGGAAACCCUCUACGAGUCUCACGUGAUCCCACUGAUCAGUAACGGCAACACAGUCUUCUCUACUUUAUCCCGACCGGUCGGUACUGUCCCGCGGACGUCAUAUGAAGUCGGUACGUCGACGAUAGCGCCGAUUCCGCCGACGAUCCAACAGAUUCCCCAGAUUCCCCAGCAGAUUCCCCAUCAGGUGCCUCAGGUCCCACUCUAUCCACCGCAGCCGCAAUUUACCGUCACUACGGCGCCACUGGUCACUCAAACGGUGGCCACCAUUUCGGACUCGCGGGUCCUGAAACUUACCUUCGGGGCAAAAACGGCCUACACGACUCUGUUCUCGACUAGGGUCGUCCCCACGGAGAUUACGACCUACGUCACUACGACGGUAGCAGUGCAACCUACGGUACCGGCAUUCCCUGGGUUCUUCGGGUCACCAGUAGGUUACCCGGCGUUCCCAUAUGUCGGUUAAUUAAUAUUAAUUUUUUUUGGUUAUGACAAUAUAUGGUCAUUUUUUUUUUCUUUUUUUAAUGUCUUGACCAAGAGUAAAUUUUUAAUUUAUAGAAAAUAUUUUUUUAAGAAAUAGAGUAGAAGUUGGAUUCUAUAUAAUGCCAGUUAUCA